UGCGCUCUGCUGCAGAUAUCAGCAGAAGAAGAGGAAGAGGACUUUGGACAUCUAGCUGCACACUGUUUGUUAUUAGUUUUUGACGUGAAGGCAUUAUAAAACCAUGGCAGCUGAAAAGGGUGGCUGUGCAAAAGACUUUGCUGAUUCUACCAUCCAUGUGGAUGUCAAGGAUUAUUAUGGCAAGGUGUUGCAGAAAACCUCCGACUUGAAGAGCAAUGCUUGUGUGGCACCAGCACAGCCCAUCCCUGCCUUCAUCCGCCAGGCUCUGAAGAAGGUUCACCCGGAAGUCACUGCCAGGUACUACGGCUGUGGACUGGUGGUGCCAGAGUGCCUGGAGGGCAGCAGGAUACUGGACCUGGGCAGUGGGAGUGGCAGGGACUGCUACAUGCUGAGCCAGCUGGUGGGCGAGAGUGGCCAUGUCACCGGCAUCGACAUGACUGAAGGCCAGCUUGAAGUGGCCAGGAUGUAUUUGGACUACCACAUGCAGGAGUUUGGCUACAAGAAACCCAAUGUUAGUUUUGUCCAAGGCUACAUUGAGGCUCUAACAGAGGCUGGGCUUGAAGAGAGCUCUUUUGAUAUCAUCAUUUCCAACUGUGUGGUGAAUCUCUCUCCAGACAAGAAGCGGGUGCUGAGGGAAGCCUACCGUACGCUCAAGGAUGGUGGUGAGCUGUACUUCAGUGAUGUCUACAGCAGUGGAAGACUACCAGAUGAAAUUAAAAAUCACAAAGUCCUAUGGGGUGAGUGUAUUGGUGGGGCUCUUUGGUGGGAGGAUCUCCUGCUGCUGGCCGAGCAGGUGGGCUUCAGCCCCCCGCGGCUGGUCACAGCCAGUCUCAUUACCGUGGACAACAAGGAACUGCAGGACAUUUUGGGGGAAUUCAAGUUUGUCUCUGCUACAUACCGCCUGUUCAAGGUCCCUAAAGGCAGCACCAAGGCCUGUCAAGUCAUAUACAAUGGCAGCAUUACAGGAGUAGAGGACAGCUUCCACUUUGACUCUCAGUACACCUUCAAGGUGGAUGAUGUAGUGCAGGUGGACGACGAGGUGGCCAGCAUCCUGAGCCACUCCAGAUUUGCUGAGGAGUUCACUUUCCAACCACCAGGAGCCCCCUGUGAGCCCUGCCGAGUCAAGCCUAAGACAGGCACUGUGAAUCCUUUUGAGCUGAUCCAGCAGCUGGGGACAGGAAGUCCAGGUUCAACCACAGGGGGAUGCUGCGGCACACGGUCUACUGCCUGCUGCACAUGAUAGGGGGGAGAGAGACAGCACAGACAAAUGAAGGCCCAACAUCAUACUGUGUGUGCAAAAUGACAGCAGUUCAAAUGUAUGGGAUUUAUUGUGCCUUUUGUGUUUGUUGUUAUAAUGUGUUAUAUUAACAAUUCAAUAAUGAAAAGGAUGACUUUUCCACAGAUAAGUACGUGGGUGGGGUGCUCAGGAUGCCCAGUAGUUAUCUGAACUGUACAACUGCCAAUUACAUUCCUACACAUGGAAAAAAAAAUGUGCACUAACUUCAUGAACCUUUCAUAAAUCACAUGAAAGCUUUACAUCAAGGCAAAGUCCAAACACUUAAUUGUGCAGCUUCAGAAUAUUUUAGAAAUCUGUAAUGAUAUCACAAACUGGAAAACAUUGAGCUUACCAUUUUGCACUUUUUAUCCUUCUUCUUGGAAUGAAAUUUCUUUUCAUUUGCUUGUGAUGUUUGUACACUGAGUUUGAUAUCUGUGCCAUCCACACCUGCAUCAUGUAGCCUUUGCCUGACAAAUGUCAGUACCGUCAUAACCCUGAUGUGAUGAAUUUGUGUGGAUGGGUCAUUAGUCAUUUCUGUGCAUAGUGUGAACAUUGUGACAUUAUCUUAAUUUGAGCUAAGAGUUACAGCUGUUUUAAUAAACAUUGCAGUCACAGUUGAAAUUCCAAUCAUAAUCAUAAUAAAAGACUGUGUUCUUUA